AUGGCGGUGACGCUACAACCUCCUAAAGGCAAGUCCAAGAAGACAAAAGUAAGCCAGAGCAUGCUUCCAAGUACGGCCUCGUGGUCACAGCGGCUGGACAAGGCAACGUUGCGUGUAGAUUCUGCAAAGUAUUCGGCGAUGCUCGCUGCCGGUUUGUUGUCUUAG